UUUCCCGCGCCUCCUUCUGACUCUGCUCUUCCAAGUUUUCAUCAGCACAGAGGAGAUGUCAGAGGAGGUCGAGACCUUCUGGAGGCGAUGCCGGGAGCAGCGCAGCCUUCCCCCCAACCCCAACAGGUUUGCAGUGCAGACUGUUAAAGCCCUGCUGCGCCAGCUGCUGGAUGAGGACGUGUUGAUGGCGAUCGGUCGCAAGUGUGGCUGGGACAUGCUCCUCAAGGCUGACAGCCACCACUAUGCAGUGGGUCUGCUGGCCAGGGAGCUGUGCCAUGUAUCCCGCUCCUUCUGCCGCAGCAUCGCCGUCAGCCUGCUCCCGCGGCUCAGCAGGGGAGAGCCCCUGUGGGAACUGCCUGCCCUGGCGUUCCUGGUGGAGGUCCUGCACUGCCUGAACCCCAGACAAUAUGGGCCCAGCGUCCUGCAGAUUAUUUCCAGGCACCUGCGCAGUCAGUGCCCGGAGAGGCGUCGCCUGGCGCUCCGAGGCCUGGUGGUGCUCAGCAAGGCUCCCUCAAUGGUGAGCAGGGGGCAGGGGCUGAAGCUGGGCCGGCAGCGUGCGGCUGCUAAGAGCAUCUGGAGCCUGAAUGAAAGCCUCCUGGAGCUACUGCAGGAUGCAGACACAGACGCAGUUCAGAUGACCCUCUCUGCGUUCAUCAAUGUGCUGGGCUUGAAAAUCAUCAAAAUAUCCACCCCUACUGCCCUGAAGUUGCUUGAGGUGCUGCGGCCACUCUUUGACAACGAGCACAGCCAGCUGCAGCAGCUCUCCAUGCUCCUCUUCCGGGAGCUGAUGGAAGCGACAGAGAGGAACAAGAGCCUAAAGCCACACGUGUACCUGAGUCUGGUGCCAUUCUACUUCAACUGGCACAAUGAGAACCAGCGUGUGGCAGAGGCCUCUCGGAGAGCACUGUUUGGUGCAGCCAGGUUCUUGAAGUGGAGAGAUCUUGAGCACUUGGUGACCAUGGAGCAGCCGUGGAGGUUUCCCGAGUGCCUGCUGGAAAAGGACAGGAGCCGAGUGGGCCAGUACGUGCGCCAGGCCCUGCCGUUCCUGGAGAGCCCAGAGGAGCCCCUGCGAAAGCUGGCCAUCAAGUUUCUGGCCCUUCAAGACAUGACCGAUGACAGCCCUGCCGUCUCAAACCUGGCCCAGGAAACGCUCCACAUCAUCAGAGCUAUCUUCAGGGCUGUGCUGAGGAUCCCCUCUCAGCAGGGACGGCACAAAGCCUUUUCCACCUGCCUCCCUCACCUGGCCGUGCUCUCCCUGUUUGUCAGCACUGUCCUGUUAUCCCACCUCAAACCCCCCUCCAUCUCCUCCCCAUCCCUGGAUCUGGCACUAUCAGUUCUGUACUCGGUGGUGCCUCCAGCACUGAACCCCCUCAUCUACAGCCUCAGGAACCAGGAGGUCAAGGAUGCCAUAAGAAAAAUGAUGACUGGAUGCUUUUCAGGAGCAAUUAUGUGCCAGGUUUCUGAUGUGUAG